AUGAGCGAAAAAAAAAAAAGAGUGCUAUUGCAUGAAAAGAAAAGUAACGAAAUACCAAGCGCCCAAAAUAAAAACAUCCUGUUUAAGGAAUGUAAGAAUACGAAUGAAUUUAAGGAGGCCUUUGUGAACAUCGAAACUGAUUACAGUCUCGAAAGUGAAAAAGAAAAAAGUAACAUUUCUCUAUUCAACGUGUUUAAAAAAAAAUUAAAAGAAGAAAAACAGUAUAGUAGAUUUUUAAUGCUUUUUCAAAUACCAAAGGAUGCAAAUAAAAAAAAAUGUACAAAUGAAACUCUGAAAAAUGUCCUUCAGGAAAAGUAUAAAAAUAUAAUCACGGGCAUUUGUCUUUUUGUAAAUAUCUAUGCCAUUAUGUUGUUAGAAUCUCAUGACACUAAAGAUAUAUUUCGUUUCAUAAAACAUCUGAACGAAAUACCAAAUGUAUCUGCUGUCAAAAUAUUGUAUUUCAGUGAAUUAAAUAAACAAAAUGUAACUGAUCAGUUUUUCUUUUUCGACUAUAACAAGGAGCAACCCAAGGUUUCGAUUCCCCCAGGGGAGUACAACUAUGUGGAUGAGGUGUGGGAGCUAUAUAUAAACAUAAUGCACUUCUGCUGCCUUCUAAAGAAUAAUGAAGAAAGACAAGAAAGUUUUUACAAAAAUGAAAACAUAAAAAAAAAUUUCUCCCAUUUGCCAAAUCUGUAUAAUGAUAACGCAAAGCAGUACAUAUGGAGUAUAGACGAAUUCAUUUCUUUCUUUAUGGACGAUUUUUACCUAUCCUUAGACGAUUUUUCUGAUGACUUCAUGGAUUUAUAA